AUGAUCGGAAAUGAUGGACCGCCUAUUUAGUAUCCUAGUUAUACUAUUAUUUAUAGAUUUGGCAACUCCUCUACCAGAUGUUAUCAGAAUAGGUGGGCUGUUCCAUCCAGCCGAUGAUAAACAAGAAGUUGCAUUCCGCUACGCGGUCGAAAAGAUCAACAAUGACAGGUCAAUUUUGCCGCGCUCCAAAUUGAGCGCGCAAAUUGAAAAAAUGUCACCUCAGGACAGCUUUCAUGCAUCGAAGAAAGUUUGUCAUUUACUUCGAAGUGGUGUAGCAGCAAUAUUCGGACCACAGUCGGCACAUACUGCUAGCCAUGUUCAGUCCAUAUGUGACACAAUGGAAAUUCCACAUUUGGAGACCCGUUGGGAUUACAGACUCCGCAGGGAGAGCUGUCUGGUGAACCUUUAUCCUCACCCCACAACACUCUCAAAGGCUUAUGUGGAUUUAGUAAAGGCUUGGGGAUGGAAGUCGUUCACGAUUAUUUAUGAGAACAAUGAAGGCUUGGUACGUUUGCAGGAGCUACUCAAGGCCCAUGGGCCUUAUGAAUUUCCCAUAACAGUCCGUCAGCUCGGAGAGGGAUCGGAUUAUCGACCUUUGCUGAAACAAAUAAAGAAUUCUGCUGAAUCGCACAUCGUCCUCGACUGUUCCACUGAAAGGAUCUACGACGUUCUUAAGCAAGCACAGCAGAUUGGUAUGAUGAGCGAUUAUCAUAGUUACCUAAUAACAUCUUUGGAUCUGCACGGAGUCGAUUUGGAGGAGUUCAAGUACGGUGGAACAAAUAUUACAGCGUUCCGAUUAGUGGAUCCAGAAGGGCCGGAUGUAAAGCGGAUUGUCAGAGAUUGGAGCAUGACCGAUACCAGAGGCAGGAAAACGGAUAGCAAUUUGGAUAACAAUACGUUCGUGAAGGCGGAAACGGCUCUAAUGUACGACGCCGUUCACUUAUUCGCCAAGGCCCUGCACGAUUUGGACACCAGCCAGCAAAUUGACAUCAAACCUCUCAGCUGCGACGCUGUCGAUACCUGGCCACAUGGAUACAGUCUCAUCAAUUACAUGAAAAUCGUGGAAAUGCGAGGUUUAACCGGCGUGAUAAAGUUUGAUCAUCAAGGUUUCCGCAGUGAUUUCGCUUUAGAUAUAAUUGAAUUGAGUAGGGACGGAUUAAAGAAGAUUGGCACAUGGAACUCCACCGAAGGGGUGAACUUCACAAGAACUUAUGGCGAGGCUUACACCCAAAUCGUGGAAAUCAUCCAAAAUAAAACUUUUGUCGUCACGACGAUCCUGAGUUCACCCUACUGCAUGAGAAAGGAUUCAUCCGAGAAGUUAACAGGAAACGCUCAAUUCGAAGGAUAUGCUGUGGAUUUAAUACACGAAAUUUCUCGCAUCUUGGGUUUCAACUACACUAUUUUCCUGGCACCAGAUGGAAGAUAUGGUUCAUUAAAUCGAGAGACUAAGGAAUGGGAUGGGAUGAUAAAGGAAUUGUUGGAUCAAAAGGCCGACUUGGCCAUUGCGGAUUUAACGAUCACGUACGAUCGGGAACAGGCGGUCGACUUCACGAUGCCCUUCAUGAACUUAGGAAUCAGCAUCUUGUACCGAAAACCGAUCAAGCAGCCGCCUAAUCUGUUCUCCUUCUUGUCGCCACUUUCUCUCGACGUCUGGAUUUAUAUGGCUACAGCAUACUUAGGCGUCUCCGUCCUCCUCUUUAUCCUAGCUAGGUUCACACCGUACGAAUGGCAGAAUCCGCAUCCGUGCAACCCGAACCCGGACCACCUUGAGAAUCAAUUCACAUUGUUCAACUGCAUGUGGUUCGCGAUUGGGUCGCUGAUGCAACAGGGCUGCGAUUUCUUGCCGAAGGCUGUUUCAACUCGAAUGGUGGCUGGGAUGUGGUGGUUCUUCACUUUAAUUAUGAUAUCUUCAUACACUGCAAAUCUGGCAGCUUUCCUCACGGUAGAACGAAUGGAUUCUCCUAUAGAAAGUGCGGAAGAUCUUGCGAAGCAAACUAAAAUCAAGUACGGAGCAUUACGUGGCGGCUCUACAGCCGCAUUCUUUCGAGAUUCAAAUUUCUCAACUUAUCAACGCAUGUGGUCUUUCAUGGAGUCGGCAAGGCCUACAGUAUUCACAACGAGCAACGUCGAGGGUGUGGAUAGAGUGGUGAAGGGUAAAGGCAGCUACGCUUUUCUCAUGGAAUCCACGUCUAUUGAGUACGUAAUAGAAAGAAAUUGCGAGCUUACACAGGUCGGAGGGAUGCUGGAUUCGAAGGGAUAUGGAAUAGCAAUGCCACCGAAUUCACCAUUCAGAACGGCUAUAAGUGGAGCAAUUCUGAAACUGCAGGAAGAGGGGAAAUUGCACAUUCUAAAGACGAGAUGGUGGAAGGAAAAACGCGGAGGCGGUGCAUGCAGGGAUGAGACCACAAAGACGAGCAGCACUGCAAACGAACUAGGAUUGGCGAACGUCGGCGGUGUGUUUGUGGUCCUGAUGGGUGGCAUGGGGGUGGCCUGUGUAAUUGCAGUUUGUGAGUUCGUCUGGAAGUCCCGGAAAGUCGCCGUCGAAGAACGGGUGAGCAGCAUUCUACAUGACACGUAGCUAUAAGCUAGUGCGUAGCAUGUAGCUGAAAUCAACUAUGCACCAUGCAGAUCUCAUUUAUCAUAACUACAACAAACAACAACAACAAGUAUUAUCCAGUUGCGUAAAAGAAGUAAAAGUAACUGGCCACGUUUCAAUAUCCACCACCCUUUGACAUAUACGAAUAUAACUAUAUUAAAUUAAAAUGUGUGUACUAUAUUAUAGGCAUAAUUAAAUUUAUUUGUGUAGCGUGUAAAUAUCAAACAUAUUUCCUUUUUCAUUCUAUUACUUUCUUUGAUUAAUCAACGAAUCACACCAUGAAUC